AUGGCGGGUUGUGACUGUCCUUUAGUAGCUCUUGUCUGUUACCUUAGAAUUCCAAAACAUGUGAUCCAUGGGUUCUCUGGGAGCUGUCCCAGGCUUAAGCUGUUAGUGGAACUUAUAAAAAGCAACAGAAUACAUCUCAUUCAAAGAAUGGGAAUGGUCACUGUCAAGCAAAUAGUGGAUGACCUUUUAGUUAGCAACAUACUGUCUCGUGAAGAAGUGAACACUAUUGUCUGCAAAAAGGCUGAACAAGAAGCCUCAAGAAUGAUGAUUUACAUGAUUUUGAGCAAAGGUUCAGAAGCCUGCUAUCUCUUCAUUAAGUCACUUGAGAAACAAAACCCUUUUCUCUUUCACCAUCUGCAAGGAUAUUAUAAGUAUUACUGUUUACUGGAACAAGAUAAAUUAUAUGGCUUGGUGCAGGAUUUAAAGUAUGUGUAUUUGUUCAGCUUUCAAAAGUAUCACCCUCUGGGUAGUGAUAUUGACAUAAUUUUUGAUUGGAACGCCUACACUGAUGUCUCAUUAUGGAAAAAAGAUAUACAUAAUAGCAGGAAAGGGCAAGUGACGCUAAAUGACCUUUUGGAUGGACUGAGAAAUCCCUGCAUUAUGGAAGGAGAAGCUGGCAAAGGAAAACCAUCUCUUCUAAAAAGAAUUGCUGUACACUGAUCUUCUGAAAAUUGUUCUGCUUUGAAAAUUGUUUUCUUUAUCAGCCUGACUAGCACAAGAGGUGGACUAUAUGACACAGUCUGUGAUCAGCUUCUUUUUGAACAGUACCCCAUCUGCAUACAAGAUUUCAUGAAAAUGCUACUAGCACAAAGACAAAGGGCUUUCCUGUUAGAUGGAUAUGAUGAAUUCAAACCCCCAAACUGUCCGGAGAUAGAAUCAAUGAUUAAAGAAAACCACGAAUUCAAGAACAUGGUGGUUGUUUCUAGCAGGACUGAGUCUAUCCAUAAAAUCAGACAGUUUGGGUCUCUAAUUGCUGAAGUAGGAGAUCUAUCAGAGAGUUGCAAGAUGCUCAUUAAAAAUGUCUUGAGAAAUGAACUGGCAGAUGGUCUGUUAAAUCAGCUUAAAGAGGCCACUUCCAUGAAGAACCUUAUAAAGACUCCACUCUCUGUCAUCAUUGCUUGUGCCAUCCAAAUGCGUGAAAGUAAUUUUCAUCCAAGCACCCAGACUGUACUUUUCUGCACUUCGCAUGACUUGAUGGUGGAGAAAAACAGGUAUAAAACAAAAGAAAUAACAGAAAAUCAUAUUCUACUGAGCAUAAAUCAUUGUGGAACCCAGAUAAAACCAAACCAAAAAUAG